AUGCAGGUGGAGAGGAAAUGGCAUAUAUUUCUUACUUUCCUCAUCCUGCUCAUCACCUCUGGCCAGUGCAUGGACAACAAGGAGGUCAAGCAGAAGGAGAGAAAGACCCUGUUGGAUUUAAUCUUACAGGUGAUCAGAGACAGCCAACAACGGGACAAACACAUUUCCAGGCGUUGCAGUGGAGGACAGUUUUCUUCCCUUCAAGACCUGAAGUUGCCCUCCCGUGAAAAGCCUUUGUACAUUCCCAGACUGGAUAACAGUAAACUCAUAGAAAUUUUCCCUCGAGAUCUAAACAUGAAAAGCAAGUUCAUUCAGCACUUCACAGCAGGACCAGUCAAGUUCUCAUCGGAAUGCAGAACACACUUUGACAGACUUUAUCACAACACAAGAGAUUGCACAAGACCAGCGUUUUAUAAAAGAUGUGCAAGAUUGCUGACACGAUUAGCAAUGAGUCCACUCUGCAUGCAAUCGUAG